AUGGCUGCUUCUAACUCUCAAGGGAUUCAGACGCUUGUGGAGGCUGAAAAGGAGGCUGCAAAGAUAGUUCAGAAGGCAAGACAGUAUCGAAUUGAUCGACUAAAGGCUGCCAGAACAGAAGCGGCGAAAGAGAUCGAGGAUCUAAAAGCCCAAAAAAAUGAAGAAUUCCAUCAAUUUGAGACAGAGCAUGCUGGCUCUUCAGAUCAAACUUUUGCCAAAAUUACAACGGAAACCGAAGUUAAACUACAACAGAUUCAAGAGGCUUUCAAUAAACACAAGGCAGUCGUCAUUGAAAGACUUUUGUCGGUUGUAACAACGAUAGAGCCUAAGUUACAUCCUAAUGUAAAAGUUGGAGAUCAGGCUUAA